AAUUUAAUGCUGUGGAAAAAAUAUUUUAUCACUUUAUUUUGUUGAACCUACUUUGUGAAAUGUUUAUUAAUUUCCACGCUUUAACUGGCCUCGUCUUCCAUAGAUUUUUACCUUUGCCGUUGUAAAGCACAAAAUCAUUAUCAACCCUAUGCCCUCUGUGGACUGUGUGUAGUAAACGUGCGCUCACUGAUCAGAGGAUUAGAAGUGUAGGUUUAUUUUAGAUCUUUGAGCCUCAGAGUAAUGAGCAUUUGAGAUGUUGCCGGUGAAAGCUUCGGUGACAUCACACCCUCCUCCUCCUCCUCCUCCUUAUUCUUGGCUUCUCAGGUAUAAGACACUGUCAGGAUGUUGGCUGUUCCGGGGGUAAAUGUGCCUAGGUAGGAUCACACCGGCUGCCUGCUGACACCUGCAUGGCUGAAGAUGCAUCGGAGUGUCCCUCAGGCUGCCUCAAUAGAUCGGUGUCCUCCUCAGUGCCCCCUUUGUUUUUCUUCCAGCACUUCAGCAGCACAACUGAGCUCAUUUCCUACUUGAUGCUGUGCGUUGCCAAAAUGCCUUUCAUACCGCCAGUGUCGAUCGCUCGCUCUGGGUCAGGACGGGCCGGGAAGGAGAAGUCCAUCAGCGACACUUCAUCACCUCUGGACAACACUAAGGUUGAAGCUGGAGACAAAGGCAGCUCAGUGAAGGAGAGGCUGGCUUCAAACCUGAAGCAGCUGGGGAAGAAGAGUCAACCCAGGAGUCAUCUGCCUUUGAUGAAAGGGGUGCCGGGGUCAGAGCUGCAUGCGAAGAGAAGGGACCGCCUGUUGCCCUCGUCGCAAACGGACCGGUCCCCGGCCUCCCGCUCGGGGGACUCCAAGGCACAGCAGCACAAGCGCGUGAGCCACAGCCCCGUGAGGAGCGAGCCAGGGGGGGCGAGGGCGAGGAGCAGGGACCGAGAGGAGGUCCAUUUCACGCUGACUCUCACACCCGAGGCUGUUCUGCUGCUGCAGCGGAGGAACGGCGAGAGGCGCCAGCGUUCACCGGCCAGGAAUGCCGCGAGUGGAGCCGGCGCCCCCGGGAGCGCCACGGAUUCCAGGCGCAGGAGGGAAAGCGUCUCUAGAAGGCACCAACCAGCAGCGCAGAGGAAGAGCCCCCUCAACAACAGAGCGGCUGCUAAAAGCAACUCCGACGCCCAACCGGGGGACAUAAGCUCGAUUUUGAAAAUCUCGCUCCUGAACGAGCAGCACAGGUACGAUGACGUGGAGUACGAGGAGGAGGAGGUCUUCGGCGUGGAUGAGCGCGUGGUGCUGAAGUGCACCGAGUGGCUGCGUGGGUUGGAGAACACACCCGUGACGAUGGGUAACAGCCUCGGCAAGAGUGUAAGCAGCGUUAAGAGUUUCUAGGGUGAAUUCAGGUGAACGGACUUGCAGUUAAAAAGAGAACCGUCUCUGUGUCAAUUAGUUUCUGUUCAGUCUUUCUAGUGUAUGUGUCUAGUUUGGUGCUAAAGUGGUCAAAGAAGCGAGGCAUUCCACUCUGAAUGAGAUGAUGUAACGACUGUGCUGUAUUUAUCCCACAGUGAUCUUUUCCUACAAUACAGUAUAUUCUUCACUCUGACACGUGACUUUCUAACAAGGAGAAAGUGAAUGACAACCCAUACAGCACCCGGAGAGACAAGUCUACACCGCCUGUGUUGCGAAUGGAGAGGUCAGAGCGGCAGAUCAGACACGGAGUAGCACACUAUUAGUGAAAAUGUGGAUAAAUGAUGCACAAGAGAUGAAGAAUAUCUGUAUUUCAUGCAGCGGUGCAGCCGUAAAACACAUAGCGGUCGAUACAUUUCACACAUCGCUCAGCUUCGACAUCAAGUUGCUGGUGCAAGGUCCGCUGUAUAUGUGACAAUAUCAGAGUAGAAUAAGAUGUGUUUCAUGGAUUUAAGAUGAUCUGUAGUCACAUUUCCAGUAUGCAGCUCAUGGGUUUACGUAUACUUUAUCUUAAGUUAAUUUAUCUUUUUUUUUUUGUAAAACUUUCAUAAAGUUUGAACAAAACAUGUACAUUCUACAAACAUUUAAAUAUAAUCCUUGCAAUGUUGCAUUAUUGAUGCAAGGCAUCGAUAACAAUGUACAGCUAUAAAGUUUUUUGCCGAAAAACA